UGAAUAAAACAGAGUAUAGUGAAUCUACUGCUGCAGAAACCUAUACAGUAGCCAACUAAACCAACCGAUAUAAACCCCCAUCCGCAGCAAAUAAACUUGUUUCCUCAGAUUUUUUUAAAUGAACCAGCCCCCAUAAUUCUGGUACGAAUUUCCCAAUCUAUCUGCUUCAAAAUCUGUUCCUCUGACCUCACCACAUUACCAUGUCGCAGGUCAUUUUGUUGUUUCCAAAGAUUGUGCAACACAGCACCAAGCGCCAAUUUACAAAGAAUUUACUCAGAGUUUUUCCCCUUUUAUCACCUUAAUUGCAUCACUCCAAAACAUCAUCCCAUGCCACAAGAGAGGCAGCUUUCAUGCAGCUACCCAGAAUCUCACACCAAAUCCUUUUGCUGUAGCUGCAUUGAACGAAAAUGUGGUCCCUGCUUUCAAUACAAGCUCUGCAAAAAGCUCAGGAUGUACUGACAAACUCACUGGUUUGUCUUUUCUCGAGCCACUUGAGGAUUCCGUUUCUGUUUCUGGAACAUCAGAGUCUGAGUCAAGGCAAGAUGACAAGGAUUGAAGAUCUCAAUCUUGUAACCGAAAUGACUCCAUGGAUGAUGACAGCUCCCAUUAGCAAAGACACUUUCAUGCAUCCUUUUUCAUUUCUUUUCUCCUUGAUUCUGAAGAGUUGUUGGCUAUCCUUGCAAUGCUAUCAAGCCAGCAGAAGGGCAUUGAAGAAAUGGGAGAACUUGGAGCAGUUCCUUGGUUGCUUAGCAUUAUUAGAGAGAGCAUUUCUAGACGUAACAACAAGAAUUGCAUUGCAACCCUCCAAACCAUCUGUUUUAAUGUGGCCUCUCGGGCCUUCUGUGUAGUCAUUCUCAAUUACCUUUUUGUAUAUUCUCGUUUGGUCUAGAUUCAAUUUCAGCUUCAUUAGUUAAUUGCUGUGAUUCUGGGAAUAAAAUGAAAGGAAGCUUUAUUAAAAAAAUUGUAUCUUCUUUUGUUUUCU